AUGAAAACGUGCAAUAGAGUUAAGGGUGGCCAGUGUGGCAACCAAAACGGUGCUAAGUUCUGGGAAGUAGUAUGCGCCGAACACGGUAUUGAUCCCACUGGUCGGUACCAAGGGGACUCAGAUCUGCAACUGGAGCGGGUCAAUGUCUACUACAACGAGGCUACCUGCGGCCGGUUUGUUCCCCAUGCCGUGCUCAUGGAUCUUGAACCUGGUGUUAUGGACAGCAUCAGAUCUUCUGGCCGGAUAACUUUGUCUUUGGACAGUCCGGUGCUAGAAACAACUGGGCUAAAGGGCAUUAUACUGAGGGUGCUGAGCUCAUUGAUUCGGUUCUUGAUGUUGUUAGAAAGGAGGCUGAGAACUGUGACUGCCUCCAAGGUGAAGUUACCCAAGGUCAAGUUGAUUGAGGGUUUGGGUCAUUAG